AUGGAGGAGCGGGCGGGGCCAGCUGUCCUGAAGUUGAGUUUGAGAGGCGACACGGCGGCGGCGGCCGCGCUGCUCCCGCUCCUCUGCCUCCCCAUGGAUAUGCACUGCAAAGCAGACCCCUUCUCCGCGAUGCACCCAGGGCACGGGGGUGUGAACCAGCUCGGGGGGGUGUUUGUGAACGGCCGGCCCCUACCCGACGUGGUGAGGCAGCGCAUCGUGGAGCUGGCCCAUCAGGGUGUGCGGCCCUGUGACAUCUCCCGGCAGCUGCGGGUCAGCCAUGGCUGUGUCAGCAAAAUCCUGGGCAGGUACUACGAGACUGGCAGCAUCAAGCCUGGAGUGAUUGGCGGUUCCAAGCCCAAGGUGGCAACGCCCAAAGUGGUGGACAAGAUUGCUGAAUACAAGCGGCAGAACCCGACUAUGUUCGCCUGGGAGAUCCGUGACCGGCUGCUAGCUGAGGGCAUCUGCGACAAUGACACAGUGCCCAGCGUCUCAUCCAUCAACAGGAUCAUUCGGACCAAAGUUCAGCAGCCUUUCCACCCAACACCGGAUGGCGCAGGGACAGGAGUGACUGCCCCUGGCCACACCAUCGUUCCCAGCACGGCCUCCCCUCCCGUUUCCAGCGCCUCUAAUGACCCAGUGGGAUCCUACUCCAUCAAUGGGAUCCUGGGGAUUCCUCGCUCCAAUGGUGAGAAGAGGAAACGUGAUGAAGUCGAGGUAUACCCUGAUCCUGCCCACAUUAGAGGAGGUGGAGGUUUGCAUCUGGUCUGGACUUUAAGAGAUGUGUCCGAGGGCUCUGUCCCUAAUGGAGACUCCCAGAGCGGUGUGGACAGUUUGCGGAAGCACCUGCGAGCCGACACCUUCACCCAGCAGCAGCUGGAAGCUUUGGAUCGGGUCUUUGAACGACCUUCCUAUCCAGAUGUCUUCCAGGCAUCAGAGCACAUCAAAUCAGAACAGGGGAAUGAGUACUCUCUCCCGGCCCUGACCCCUGGGCUUGAUGAAGUCAAGUCAGGUCUCUCUGCAUCCGCCAACCCCGAGCUGGGCAGCAAUGUGUCAGGCACACAGACAUACCCCGUCGUGACCGGUCGUGAUAUGGCGAGCACCACUCUACCUGGUUACCCCCCUCAUGUGCCCCCCACUGGCCAGGGGAGCUAUCCUACCUCCACCCUGGCAGGAAUGGUGCCUGGGAGCGAGUUCUCAGGCAACCCCUACAGCCAUCCCCAGUACACCGCCUACAACGAGGCUUGGAGAUUCAGCAACCCUGCCUUACUAAUGCCGCCCCCCGGGGCUCCGCCCCUGCCGCUGCUGCCGCUGCCUAUGACCGCCACUAGUUACCGCGGGGACCACAUCAAGCUUCAGGCAGACAGCUUCGGCCUCCACAUCGUCCCAGUCUGACCGCCCACCCCAGAGGGAGGGAGGACCGAAGCGACGAGCUGCCACUCGGCCACCGUCCCAGUCCCACCCCUCCACUUCGAGACACCCUCCCCCCUCCCCCGCAGCCCUUCACGUCACCCAGUCGAAGGCCUGACAGCACCAGUGGAGCGGCGGGUGGGACCCUCAGGCCCCGGCUCAUCGCCAGCCCCGCCCGCCGCCCCUCCCUGCCUGCCUGGACCACCUCGCCGCCCGGAAGCUCGCCUGCCUCUGGCCCGCGCGUCCGGCACGUUUCUGUGACACACAAUCAGCGUGGCCCACCCGGGGGCAGCCCGCUUCUGACGCCCGGUCACUGGGAGGAUUCGCUGCAGAAGCUGAGCUAGGGAAACUAAGGAAAGGACUUUGUGCCGAAGGAGGAGCCGUGGUCGGAACCCCUGGGGAAACUCCUGCCCCACCCCAUCCCCUGUGCCUGCCAGGCUGACCCCGCCUUCUGUCUGCGUCCAGCCGCUGACAGUGGCACCUGGACGCGAGGAUCGGACUCGAGGGACGUUUGGGACGUCAGAGUUUUCCAAGGCUGGUACCCAAGGCGAGCAGACGCCAACUGAGCUCGUCCACCCUGACUGCCUAGUUCCCCAGGGCGUGGGAUCUCCUGAAGUGACUCUACUCUAGGCCCCGCCUUGCCCCUACCUCAGCGCCUCUUCCAUCUGCUGGCCUCUGACUCUGACUUUCCCCUCCUGAGCCUUUUCAUCCCAGGACACCUUGCACGCAGCCCAUUCGGGGCCACCGCGGGAACAGUUUCCUCCGACUGCGGCUGCCAGUACUGGUCUUUCCCAGCAGUAACUUGCUGCCCCCCACCCCAAACUCCCAACCUGCGGGCGGUAGGAGCCAGGAGCGAACUGACGACCGAGCUGCCCGGGAGAUGGAAACUGGGGGCUGCUUGCCUCACUCCAUCCACCCUCAGCCGAACAGAGCCCCUAAAGUCUACACUUAUUUAAUAUGAUGGUCUUUGCAUAAACGAACAAAACAAAAACCCAAAAGGCUGCUUUGUAGAAAGACGGUGUGUGUGGUGUGGAGGCGAACCUCUCUCUGUACAUAUCCCCUCCCUCUCCGCCCCGCCCGCCCGCCCGCCGGGUACCGUAGAGUCCCUGUCCCCCGCCCGCCCUGCCUGUAGAUACACCUGCUGUCCGUGCUGUGAGGG